UGCUCUUAAUGUUUGAGAUUCAUGUCUCCAAUUCUCAGUGAGAUUUUCAUUUCUGGGUGUAUGAUAAAUUCCACUUUCAGGCGCAGGACCCAUUUAGUUCAAUCAUUCUCAGUUGUUUUCCUUUACUGGUUGUAUUACGUUUCAUGAUUUUUGCUCAAAAUCUGACCUUU